CACACACACACCAAGAGCUCGGUGGAGAGCCAUAUAGGACCACGCCCAUUUCUGUUGUGCAACCCGAAUCUAAAAGCCUCACUACGCUCGGCAAUUAUCUAGGUUUACUAAGAACUUGAUUAAUUAAGUUAUUGAGAGGCUUCUUACCAUGCUCUAUUCAUGCCUAGUCAACAUACCUUUGAAUCAAACAGCUAACUGCUGCGAAUCAAAAUCAAGCGGGUUUAGCUAAUAUUACGAGCACGUGUCUGCACUGAUAUCAAAUGUUAUAACUAGACCUAGCGGAAACAGUUCGGCGGUUGUACGUGUGAGCAACUCGGCGGAUGGAGGAGAGACGUGCUCUUCUGGGACACAUCAGUGGCUUUCCAGCUGAAGAUUACCAUUCAGUAGAGUUACUAGGGCAGGAACUCGUUCCAUCGUCUCCAGCCAGUGAACGAGGGAGUGGCCGCAGCAAAAGGUGUGCAGCUAUUCUACUAACAAGCGGUAGUUUAGUGACAGGGUUGGCGGCUGGAUUUCAGAUGGCAACCAGUUUUCUUAUUCAACCCGUGUCUGCAACUUGUUCUCCUUAUUGGUCUUCGUCUGCAGCGGUCUAUGGAGCGUCAGCUCUAGCGGUGGGCUGGACUUUGAGCGGACCUCCAAGCGUUCUAAUUCGAAAGGCAGGGUUACAGUUGUUUGCGGUUGUUUGCCUCAUUUGUUGCACCAGUGCAUUGUUGUUUGCGGGUACUUGUGUCUCGUUCUGCAUUGGUGACACUUCUGGUGCUUGGCAAGUUUUAUUCAUUGGGUCAUUUACUUUAUUUGGAUUUGGUGCUGAUUUGGCCAUGAGAACAAUGGGAGAAAUGCUAGUGCAUUGGUUUCCUCGCCGAUCUGGUCUCUCAGGAGGUGUGUUUGAUAUGGGUAUCAGUGUCGGAUCAAUAGUAUUUGGCCUUGUUUUGCUUGGAUUCUCUCAGUUAGUUGAUUCAGAGAGGCUUGGGGCUAACACCAUGCUGUUUCUCACUGGUUUUAUUGUAUUUACAUUAAUGGUGCUGUGGAUACCAUUCCUGGAGUAUCCCCAUGGUGAUGUCUUUCCCAAGUUGCUUUCAUAUCAACAAGAUACUUAUGGCAGACUUAUCAGUCAGUUGGCAACUAAACAAAUGCUAAUAAUUUCAUUUGGAUUCGUUGCUAAUGUGUUUACUGGGACAGCAGCCUUUUCUUCACUUGCCAGAAUUUUAUCUGCAUUGUGGAAGAGCAAAGAUCCUCCACUGAUGCUGCUAACAUUAGCUGUUUUUGGAUCAUAUACAAUAAAAUGA